AUGUUUCCAUCAAGUCAUCAGUCCUUGAAAGAGAAAUUAAUUCACGAAGAAUCUUUGGCGACUUUGGACGAGGUUCUUGCCCACCUCAAGACCGCAUUCCACUCUAAUCAAGAGGCUGUUUCUUCAGCAGUGGGUCCAGCCAACCCAGCGCUCGAGGAUGUGGACAGCCUUUCUCCACAAGAGAAGCAACUCUUAACUCGUUCAACCUCAUUGAAACAAUCUCAGACAAAUAAUCAGCCUUUGUUACCAUCGCACGUCGAACUAUCUCCGCCUACAUCACUCUUCUUCAACCCUUGGGUGGAUGAAAUUUCCGACUCAUCGGCGCUCAAACCUGGGCGCGACCUUCCAAGAGUCGCCAAAUGCGAUCGCUCUUCCAAGACAUGUCAGACCACAAUCUCGAGUUCAUCGAAUGCGGCCACUAAGGAAAACGCAUCGGGCGCUUCUUUAGUGACCAAUCAAGUGCGUGAACAAGUGUCUCAUGAUGGAUCUCAGACGCGCUUGCACUUGUCCCCCUUGCAGUCGGAACAUCGUAUUUCCACAUUUUAUGUCACGACCGAGUCAAAAAGUGUUGAAAGAUGCCAAUCUUGGCGAACCCCUCGAGAAGAUGCUAAUGCGCCUAGUAUGUCUCCGCAAAUAUCUUCCUCUAGUAUGCCAGGGCCGAGCACGGCAAACGGUUCCCCGGGAGCGAGAGAAGAAACUGUCGGUGGUUCUCCAGAGGUCUUUGAUUCCCAGAAGGAUGUGAAGCCGAAUGUAGACAAGGAUGUGAAGAAUUACAUUUCAAACGAAGUCAAGCCCAAUAU